CGUGACGGGUUCAGCUGCAGCAGAAGUGAUCAGGCAGACUUUGACCCGCGUGCAGCAGCUGGAUCGAUCAGCUGAUCGAUGAGAAUCUCUGAUCAGAUCAUUGAUCCUGCAGGAGCCCAGUCUGGGGAUCAGGUCCCCCUUCAGUAUCGGUUAUUGAUCAGUAACAGGAGACAGAACUGAAGGCGGUGGUCAUCGAUGGAAACCUCAACGUGGUUCAUCAGAGCAGCGUUCAGUUCGACUCGGAGCUGCCAGACUUCAGGACUCAGGGCGGAGUCCACAUCCACACUGACAGGCUGACAGUCACCUCACCUGUGCUGAUGUGGGUCCAGGCCCUCGACCUGCUAUUGGAUAAGAUGAAGAGGGCGGCAUUUGACUUUGCUGGUGUCAGAGCGCUGUCGGGCAGCGGCCAGCAACACGGCAGCGUGUUCUGGAGAACCGGAGCUUCUGAGACUCUGAAACAUCUGGACCCGGAUCACAACCUGGAACAGCUGCUGCAUGACAGCUUCUCUGUCUCAGACAGUCCAGUCUGGAUGGACUCCAGCAGCAGUAAACAGUGUUUAGACCUGGAGGCAGCAGCAGGGGGCGCUGAGAGACUGGCAGAGAUCACUGGGUCCAGAGGAUACGAGCGUUUCACAGGAAACCAGAUCGCCAAACUACGUCAGACCAGACCGGACGAGUUCAUGGACACCGAGAGGAUCUCAUUGGUCAGCAGUUUUGCAGCGUCUCUCUUCCUGGGUGGUUACGCUGCCAUCGACUACAGCGACGGUUCUGGGAUGAAUCUGUUGGACAUCAGGACCAGAAACUGGUCUCAGAUCUGCCUAGAAGCCACUGCUCCACAUCUGGACCAACUCCUGGGAGCUGCACUUCCCUCCACAUCUGUGCUGGGCUCCAUCUCGUCCUACUUCGUCCAUCGGUUUGGUUUCUCUGAGAGCUGCAGAGUCGUAUCUUUUACUGGAGAUAAUCCAGCGUCUCUGGCAGGAAUGAGGCUUCAACCAGGAGACAUCGCAGUCAGUCUGGGGACCAGUGAUACAGUCUUUCUGUGGGUCCAGAAUCCUCGUCCGGCUCUGGAGGGUCACGUGUUCUGCAGCCCGGUGGACCAGGAGGCCUUCAUGGCUCUGCUGUGCUUCAAGAACGGAUCUCUGACGAGAGAACACAUCAGUAAUGAGUGUGCUGGAGGAUCAUGGGAAGUUUUUUCUGCCAUGUUGAGAGAGACACCGCUGGGAAACGACGGGAACAUUGGCUUUUAUUUUGACACCAUGGAGAUCACUCCUCCAGCGGUGGGCAUCCAUCGCUUUGACUCAGAAGACAGCGAGGUGUCCUCCUUCAGUCCUCAGGUGGAGGUCCGUGCUCUGGUUGAGGGUCAGUUCCUGUCCAGGAGGCUUCAUGCUGAGAGGCUGGGAUACUCCAUCCUUCCAGGAACCAGAGUUCUGGCGACAGGAGGAGCUUCGUCCAAUAAGGAGAUCCUGCAGGUUCUGUCCGACGUCUUCAACGCUCCGGUUUAUACCAUCGAUCUGUCCGACUCAGCAUGUCUGGGAUCAGCCUACAGAGCUCUGCAUGGCCUGUUAGCCGAAUCUGGAGUCUCCUUCUUGGAUGUGGUGAAGAACGCUCCGGAACCACAACGGACCACGACACCACACCCCUCAGCCAAGCAGGUGUACGACGGGAUGCUGCAGCGCUUCGCCCGAUUGGAGGAGAGAGUCCUGCAGAAGCCCCGCCCCUGAGCCUCAGCCACCAAUCAGCUGCAUCCGUAGGAUCCAGAUGGAGAAAGACUAAAUUCCUAAAUAGGUCUUUGAUUAAACUACUGCUGGAGGUCAA